CGCCCGCUUUGAGCCAGUUCAGACGUGUGCUACGCGUGACUGGGAGCGCAAUCGAGUGUCUAAAACGUGUGCGACGAACGAACGAAAGAAAUUACAAGCGUCGACAAGUCGUCUCGACAUUUGAUGGCUUACAACGCGGCGCUGUAAAUGAGUUAAGAGUGUGGUGCGGGUGCGGAGUUGCGCGACGCAAGUUUAAUAAAAAGUAUAAAAACAAAACAUACUAAUAACGACGACGCGAGCCUGAACGAAUCGAGGUUUAUUUUUAUUUGCGUGGUAAUGACUAGCAAAGCCCACAACAUUAAGCCCCAGAUCGUUAUCAAAUCAAUCAAAGCAUAUUGCAAGUCGAUAUCGAAGUGAAGUGAAUUCAAAGAAAUCAUGCAACAAGCUUGAAACUAAAGUUUAGUGCAAAUAUUUGAAAAGCAAACAAUAGACAAUAAACAAGUUGAAAACUAAAGCAAAGCGCAAAGUGAUAAAAACGCAGCAUGCAGAACUCGGCGUCGUCCUGCUCCUGGUACCUGCCGUGGUCAGUGGCCGCCCAGCAGCAUCACCACAAGCUGCUGGCCAUGCAGACGCCCUUUAUGGACAAAGUGGGUGUGCCGCAGCCAGCAACAGCCCACGCUAUGUAUCAACAGCAGCAACAGCAGCAACAACAACAUCAGCAGCAGCAGCAGCAACAUUUGUCGCAACAUCAUCAUGCGCAACAGCAGCAGCAACUCUCGCCGAACACAGCAGCAGCACCGCCAACAAACUAUCAGCAACCAGCAUUGCAUCCAAGUGCGGGCACCCAUUAUGCUCUAGCUGCAGCCGCUGCCGCCGCCGCCGCCGCAGCUGCAGCAGCUCCACCGCCAACUGCUGCAACUGCUGCCUACAGCUUCGGUCAGCCCUAUGGCAACACUCAGGCUGCUGCCCACGCCUUGGGGCAGCCGCAUGCCCAGACGCACUUGCUGCCGCCUUCGCUGUAUGCGCCGCUCUCGUUGGGCGCCUACUAUGCCGCCGCAGUGGCCAAUGCUAAUCAUGUCUUUGGUGGCGUCUCCUUGUCCGCACAGCAAGUGCCGCUGCCUGCGCCGCCGCCACAAACGGCCCAACAGGCUGUGCCCAUGCCCGUUUCCAUGCCACGUGCCCCAGUCGCCGCCGGCGCAGCACCACCAGCCUCCUCUGCCUGUGCUCUGAUGCAGCCUUUGAAUUGCCUGCCACAGGAGCUGCAACAUCUAGCCGCCAUUAAUCUCAACCUGGGCGGUGUCAUGUCGCUGCGUAACCCCAACAACAACAGCAGCAACAGCAGCAGCAACAACAAUAUAAAUUCCAUCAAGGCGCUGCCCAAUGGCGCUGCUGUGGCCGCCCUUGCUAUAAAUCGAAAGCUGGCUAGCGAGGCGGAGAAACAAAAACUUAAAAUACCAGAAAAGCGCAAAACUGAGGAUAAUGAGCAAAUUAAGGAUUUGAAAAAGGCCAAACUAGAAACAAAAGCUUUGAAGGCUAAACGUCCGGGAUUUACUGAUGAGCGCUAUCAGGAGACUUCCUAUUAUACAGAAAAUGGUCUACGCAAGGUGUAUCCUUAUUAUUUCACCUUUACUACCUUUACCAAGGGACGUUGGGUGGGUGAAAAGAUAUUGGAUAUAUUUUCGAAAGAGUUUCGCGCACAUCCAGCUGAGGAAUAUGAACGUUGUAUACAAACGGGCACAUUGACAGUUAACUUUGAGAAAGUUCCCAUUGACUACAGGCUGAAGCACAACGAUCUUUUGGCCAACAUAGUGCACAGACACGAAGUACCCGUCACUUGCCAACCUAUCACCAUAGUGCAUAUGGAUGAGGACAUUGUGGUUGUUAAUAAACCGGCCUCAAUACCCGUGCAUCCCUGUGGUCGCUAUAGACACAAUACUGUAGUCUUUAUACUUGCCAAGGAGUUCAAUCUGAAGAAUCUACGCACCAUACAUCGUCUGGAUCGUCUGACCUCAGGUCUGCUGCUCUUCGGACGCAGUCCCAAGAAGGCCAGACAAAUGGAGCAGCAAAUACGCAAUAGACAAGUGGAGAAGGAGUACAUCUGUCGCGUUGAGGGAGUUUUUCCAGACGGCGUUGUGGAGUGCAAGGAGCCCAUCGAGGUGGUCAGCUACAAAAUAGGCGUCUGCAAGGUCUCGCAGAAGGGCAAGGACUGCACUACGACCUUUCAGAAGCUCUCGCAGAAUGGCAAGACGAGCGUUGUGCUCUGUAAGCCGCUGACAGGACGCAUGCAUCAGAUACGCGUGCACCUGCAGUACUUGGGUUAUCCUAUUUUGAACGAUCCCUUGUACAAUCAUGAGGUAUUUGGUCCUGUUAAGGGACGCGCUGGCGACAUUGGCGGCAAGUCGGAUGAUGAACUUAUACGAGAUCUCAUUAAUAUACAUAAUGCUGAAAACUGGCUGGGCAUUGACUGUGACUCGGACUUGUCGCUGUUUAAGAAUACUAAAGAUGAAACCGAUCUGGAGAGCCUAAGCAGCGAUCAAACUUUCGCUGUGCAUCACAGCGAUGAUGACGCGGGCGUCAACUCACGUGAGACUACUCCGCCCGUAGAGCCAGUGCAGCCACCUGUUGCUGCCAGCAAUAAGCCAGAACAGUGCACAACAAAUGCAGUGAGUGCAGCUGCUAUAGCUUUGCCCAAUCCAGUGACCAAUGUGGAUUUGGCGCUGGCCAGUGAUAAAGUUGUUAUUGAUAAGCAUUGCUAUGAGUGCAAAGUUCACUAUCGCGACCCCAAGCCCAAGGAUCUCGUCAUGUAUUUGCACGCCUGGAAAUACAAGGGACCUGGCUGGGAGUACGAAACGGAGCUGCCAAGCUGGGCGCAAACCAAUUGGGAGGAUAGUGAAGCAAUUGUGGAUAAAGUUGUAGAUUGAAGCAGCUGCGCAGAAAUAAUUUUUAAUAAAUGUUACUUAGUCUAGCUUAAGAUAAUUUAUAAUGCAAAUGUUUUCAAGCAAUAUAAAUAAUGCAUAUUGAAUAAUUACACAAAUAUUGACCAAGCUAAAGUGUGAAGACAAACUGACCAAAAACAAAAUAUCUAACUGAAAUUCUAAAUAUCAUAUGUUAAGAUCAAUAAGCAAAAUGUGCCUUUCAAAUUGGUAUAAUAUAUAUAUAUAUAUAUAUAUUUGGUAGUUGCACUUCGUAAACCUCUAUGGCUUUGUGUAGAACUAUGCGCAGUUUAGUGAACAAAAUUUUGUUGGUAUUAAGAAACUACUAGGUGUGCAGCACCCCCAUAUCAUGAAUCAAUAAUAUUAUAUUACAUACUAAUCAAGAGCUGAAAAGACAUGCAAUACAAUUUCAAAUUUACUUAUAACAACAACAACAACAACAAACUGGGCACAAUAACAACAUUUUUAGAAUUUGUGAACAUUUAAUAAACUUAACUUAAGCGCCGUGCCCUUUUUAAUGAACAAAACACUGUUCUGUGCAUAAAUUCACUCGUUUUUUGUCAGAACAGCUGCGUUUUACUUAAUAGAAAGCAUAAUAUAAUAUCAUAGUUAAUUUUAUAUUGUGUGUACAUACAUAUCUAGUGCAAUACAUACU